AUGGAGCAAGUGCUGUUGCCUAAGGUUGAAUAUGAGCAGCUAAUCACGUCAGGUCAACUUCGAGGUCUAGAAUUCGACCACAUAACCAAGAUGGAGUUGUCCCUAGCUCUUGGGGAAUGCUUUGAGUUAGAAGUGGAGGUAAAGGGUGAGGCUGGACACGCAGCAUUUAAGGAAUCGGAGAAGCUGAUUAAGGAAUAUACCCAAGACAAGCGUCAUGAUGACAAACAACACAUCCAUUUGCUUCAAACAGAAAAGGACAAACUGUUGCAUGGGUGGUCAGAUGUGAAGACGUUGCGUGACGAUCGACACCUGAAGCGUGAAGAGGAAGAAAAAGCGAAAAUUAUCGAUAAAAUAGGUCGAGCGGAUCGUGCGUAUGAGUCCCGAGCUGCUCGAAGAGUGGUGCAGCUGGAAGAUAUGAUUCCGGAGUUUACGGCUCGUGGUGAAAACGCUCGAAUAGAAAUGAGUGGAGUCACGACUAGAGGUCCACCACUCCACUCGCCCCGAGGAGUAGUGGCCGUUGCGAACGUGUCGGCGGGGGGUUCACACGUCGCGCUGCUAAUGCUAGAUGGGUCGCUCUACACUUGUGGAAUCGGUGCGAGUGGACGUCUAGGUCUUCAACCAAAUGCACGAGGAGCUACUUGUUUCGACACAAACCAUCCGCAACGAGUCGAAGCCUUUAAUGUACAUUUCCGGUCGAACUUAGAAGAUUUGAGUCUCCGCCAGGUUUCGUGUUCGUAUUCGCAUAGUGCAGCGAUCGACUCGGAUGGCGCAUUAUACACUUGGGGGUCAGCAUGCAACGGGAAAUUGGGUGUAGGUAUUGUCGAAGAUGAGUACAAGCAGUAUUCGUUGACGCCGCUGCUAGUCAAAUUCCCCGGGAAACGGAAGAUCCGGUCUGUAUCGUGUGGGGCUUCACACAGUGGAGCGGUCUCAACAGCGGGGGAGUUAUUCAUGUGGGGUUCAGCAAAUGGAGGUCGCCUUGGACUUGGACCCCAUGUCAUCGAUACCAUUGUUGUCCCAACGUUGGUGAGAGACCUCGUUAACAGAAAGGUGCGAGUAUGGCAAGUUUCGUGUGGAACGGCCCACUCGGCUAUUUGCACAGAGGUCACGUCGGAGUUCAACGGGGGCAGUAAGAUGCUGCUUGGAGGUCAAGUAUAUGUGUGCGGAGGCGCAACCGCACUCAGUCGAUACAUCCUGUCGUGGGAACGCAUACCCGAACUGGAUGGAGUUGGAAUUCGCCAAGUGGCUUGCGGGGGCAGCCACAUGGCUGCUGUUUCCUCGUACGGCGAGCUAUAUACCUGGGGUCGCAAUAACCAUGGUUGCACAGGCCACGAUGCAAGCGUAAGUAUCACACGAGCUUUCGUGGACAAACCUGAGCUGCUCAAGUGUCUGCAUGUAGAGCCCUACAACCUCGCGUUUGGUAGACCAUGUCGUCAGAUGACCAUCUACAAUGAACAAGGGCCGCACCUAGCUGUGAAUGGAGACAUUGGAGGCACUCUAGCGACUUGUAUUCACACUCACCUGGAAGAUAAACCAUGGUGGGAAGUAGACCUCGGGCAACCAGCGGUUAUCGAGAAAAUUCGGCUGUGGAAUCGAACGGAUGAACCGCUGAAUCCGUCAAAAAGCCGAGCCGAGUACAGCAGUCGAUUAUUCCCGUGCUGGAUCUUCGUCAGCGAGUUCCCGUUCAAAGACCUGGAGGGCAAGGAAGGUCUGCGAGCGGCAAAAGUGCAAUCGAGCGCGUUCGAGUUGUUCCGAACUAAUAAGCGCAUGACGGAGUGGGUUCUCCCUACAGCUAACACGGUUGGACAGUUCGUCCGGGUGCAGCUACAAAACAAAAAUUUCCUCCAUUUUGCAGAAGUUGAGGUGUUCGGCGUUUACUCGGCGUUCAACUACGUCGGACGUGUUGGCAUGGUGCAGUGCAGCGCCGAUGCUACACUGGUGGUGAUGCCUCCCACCUCGACUCAAAGUGUGCUGGACGACUACUAUCUCCGUGCCAUCCAGGCCGACGCCGACCAUGCCACCAUCCUCCGCCAAUACGACGCGUACGAGCGGUCCUUUCGCAAAUUUGGCCGCGGCACUGCCGAAAUCCUGGACGGCCCGUGCCGACUCUGUCGCGUCUUUCGUGACUGCGAGGUUUGCGAGUUCUACGCGUCUGCCAAGUACAACCGCCGGUCGUUUGGAGGCGCUGGUCUGAAGCCGCUCCCUGUCCGGCUCGUGGGCGACCGCAUGGGCCUCGCGGAACUUGUCCGAGUGGCGCUGGCGGAAGGCACCCUCGAAGCAGAGCAGCAGGAGCGUGCACGUCAGGAGCACGAGGCGGCCGAACGCUCCCGAAUCGCUCAAGAGGCCGCCGAGCUCGAGGCCGAGCGUCAACGCGCAGAGGAGCAGGAGCGCAACAAGCGGCCCAGUCGGCUGCUCAAGCCGUUCCAAGGUCUCCCCUUCCGGAGCAAGAAGAUGUAG